ACCACAGGAGCCUUAGGGCCUGUCCCAGGACCCAGAGUACUCUGACCGUGUGGAGUACCUGGGGAAUCAGAACAGUGACUGCACUUUUAGAAUAAACAAACUGAGAGAAACUGAUUAAGGAACAUUCCGAUUCAGGAUCUUGACUGACCUUGAUGGUGGAAAUUCUACUGGAGAACCUGGUGUCGCGUUGGCAGUCACUGAUCUACAGGUGAUGGUGAAUCCUGGCACAGUGACAGAGGGACAGAGUGUGAGACUGACCUGUAGCACCACCUGCACUCUGACUGGCAGCCCAGCCUUCAUCUGGUACAGGGACGGAUCUCCUCUGUCCUUCACUGAUCAGAGUCACCUGUUCACAGCCAGCAGUGAAGAUGCAGGCAGAUACUCCUGUGCUGUGAAAGGCUAUGAGCUUCAGUCCCCUGCAGUGGCUCUGAAUGUGAGAUAUCCUCCUAAGAGCAUCUCAGUAUCAGUGAGUUGCUCUGAUGAAAUAGUGGAGGGCAGUUCAGUGACUCUGACCUGCAUGAAUAAUGCCAACCCACCAGUGCAGAGAUACGCCUGGUUUAAGAAGACUGGAUCUGCAUUCUCAUGGAGAGGAUCAGAAUGGAGUUACACUAUUAAAAACAUAACACUGCAGGAUGUAGGAGAAUACACCUGUCAGGCAGAGAAUGUGAUUGGGACAAACAGAUCUCCUCCUAAAUGCCUCGAUGUGCAGUAUUCCCCCAAAAACAUCUCAGUAUCAGUGAGCCCCUCUGGUGAAAUAGUGGAGGGCAGUUCAGUGACUCUGACCUGCAGCAGUGAUGCCAACCCACCAGUGCAGAAUUACAUCUGGUAUAGGAGGACUGGAUCAACAUUCCAAUGGAGAGGAUCAAAAUGGAGUUACACCAUUAAUACAUUCACACUGCAGGAUGUAGGAAAAUACUACUGUGAGGCACAGAAUAGGUUUGGGGCAAAAAAAUCUCCUCCUAAACAUCUUAAUGUGCAGUGUGAGUAUAUCAGUGCAUCUCUGCUUCAGACACACAGAGCAGAGAGUCAGUGUCUUUGGGAAACAUCACAGCAGUAA